GAGACGUCAUUUUGCGUCGCCUCGGGCAGGGUAGCCAGCGGCUGCAUCUGAGGCGGACGCCGCAGUGUAGGGCACACCCUGAGGGUAGCGAGAGACGUGACAGGACCGAGCAGCUGGGGGCUGCAGCCUGCUGUGUCCCCACCGAUCCCAGAGAGAGGCUGUGAGUCUGGAUCUGGGCGUUCGCACCCUGAGAGAGGGGGUCAAAGCUCCCCUGCGGCCCCGAGGAAGAAGAGCAAGGUUGAGGACCGCCUCGGGUCACCAGAGUAGUUUGGAGGCAGGCCUGCAGGCGCGUCCCCGCUCCUCAGCUCCAAGCUGACGUAUCUACACCUGCCGGCGGGCAUUAAGAUGGCUGGUUAUGCCACUACUCCCAGCCCCGUGCAGACCCUUCAGGAGGAAGCGGUGUGUGCCCUCUGCUUGGAUUACUUCAAGGACCCCGUGUCCAUCAGCUGCGGGCACAACUUCUGCCGAGGGUGUGUGACCCAGCUGUGGGGUAAGGAGGACGAGGAGGAAGAUGAAUGGGAGGAGGAGGAGGAGGACGAGGAGGCGGUGGGGGCCGUGGACGGAUGGGACGGCUCCAUUCGAGAGGUGUCGUAUCGGGGGAAUGCUGACGAAGAGUUGUUCCAAGACCAAGAUGACGAUGAACUCUGGCUCGGUGACAGUGGUAGAACUAAUUGGGACAACGUAGACUAUAUGUGGGACGAGGAGGAAGAAGAAGAGGAAGAUCAGGACUGUUACCUAGGAGGCUUGAGACCUGACCUGAGGAUUGAUGUCUACCGAGAAGAAGAAGAAAUACUGGAAGCAUACGAUGAGGACGAAGAUGAAGAGCUGUAUCCUGACAUCCACCCGCCUCCUUCCUUGCCCCUUCCAGGGCAGUUCACCUGCCCCCAGUGCCGAAAGAGCUUUACACGUCGCAGCUUUCGUCCCAACUUGCAGCUGGCCAACAUGGUCCAGAUAAUUCGCCAGAUGUGCCCCACUCCUUAUCGGGGAAACCGGAGUAAUGAUCAGGGCAUGUGCUUUAAACACCAGGAAGCCCUGAAACUCUUCUGUGAGGUGGACAAAGAGGCCAUCUGUGUGGUGUGCCGACAAUCCAGGAGCCACAAACAGCACAGCGUGCUGCCUUUGGAGGAGGUGGUUCAGGAGUACCAGGAAAUAAAGUUGGAAACAACUCUGGUGGGAAUACUUCAGAUAGAGCAAGAAAGCAUUCACAGCAAGGCCUAUAAUCAGUAAGAUGUGUGAAAAGUUGGGUAGCCACAGGAGGUGUUCAUUAAGGAUAUGAUUCCAUUUAUAUAGCUAUUUCUAUUGCAUAACCAGGACAGUUUUAUUGUUUUGAGGUCAAUGUUCUUUUAAAAUUUGAUUUUCUGUAAGAAGAGGCUUUUUGGCCCAGAAAGCCUUACUUAUUUUACAUCUUCCAGUUUGUCCAUCCCAUGAGUUAGAGUUCGUCUUGACUCUGCAAGCUAGAAUCAAAGAAUUAUGAAAGUAAGAUCAUUUAGAUUUGACCAAGGGCACCAUUAAAUGGUGUCAGGUUUUAGGAAGCAGACGGGUGUAUAAAAAGAAAAUGAACAAAGAUUUCACUUAUUGGGGAUCAGGCAUAACUGGAUGCCUGGAUUGUCCUGCCACCCAGCUGCCACCAAUAAAAUCAUUCAUCACUCUGCAAGAGGGACCAGAUGCUUCCAUCAUCAGUACUCCUUGUUUUUCUGUUAUCUCCUUUGAGGUAGCUAAAAAUGGCAGCCAAAAAAAAAAAUGUUGAGGCUUUUCUCAAGUAUAUACUCAUGUUAUUUUGCAGAAGAUAGGGUCAACUUCUUCAGUUGAGUUAUCUGAAAGUGUUGGGCAGUGACACCAUGCCAAACACUGUUAAAUUCAUGCCAUUAAAAACAGUGGAGUGUUCUGCAAAGCCCGAUUCUCUGCAGCUUUAAGACUGGACAGUAUUGAAAUAUUCACAGGAAUCUUCCAAGCCAUGAAAGCUUAAUAUUAGACAGCCCUUUUAAUUGCAAAGGAGAAAAAAAUGGAGACACUUGUGAAACCUUGCAUUCUGAGUGCUGCCACAAAUAAAUUAAGGAAUUCCAGAAUUUCUUCAUCUACUUCUGCAGUCUUAACUCUGAAUUAAUGACUGAAUAUAUCAAACUUCAGAUCUUAAAAAACAUCAGCUCGCAAGAGGCUGAGGCAGGAGAAUGACAUGAACCUGGGAGGCGGAGCUUGCAGUAAGCCGAGACUGAGCCACUGCACUCCAGCCUGGGCAAUAGAGCAAGACUCCAUCUCAAAAAAAAAAAAAAAAAAAAAAAACCGGCUCAUCUUUUAUUGCUGUUGGUUGAGGUGAAUCUACUGAUGAAGAAAACUGUACUUUGCUUACAUUCAGAAUAAGGCUUUCAAAACUGUGGAUGUGCUGUUUUCGUGAGCCUUCUACUUGACCACCAAAGAGUAUUUUUGCAGCUGUAUCAAAUGAACCGAGUUGGAGGAAAUUGUAUAGGAGUAUAUCUUAAUGGCACUAUAGCAAACUGUGUUAAAUUUGGGUUUUUGGCAAAGAUUGAAGAAAACUGGUAUUCAAGAUGUACUGCAGCUGUCACCACCAAGCAUGAACUUUCACUGAUUACCCAUAACCUACUGGAAAUCUUCAGCCUUGCUGUCAGCAUAGACCACUGUGAGAAACAGUACAUUCCAUUCCAGUCUGCCCUGCUUUUUGAAGAUCUAAAUGCCAUUCCAUGUUUUCUGUUACAUAUUGAAGUUUCUUGGUUGUCAAAGAAAAACGGAUUCUGCUGAACUUGUGGACAGAACAACCCCAAGGUUGGAAGAAAAAUGAAAAAUAAUCUAUACUUGAACAUUUCAAAAGUUAAAAUUUUCAAGCUUAAAAUACAUUGACACUGAAAUGUCAAGGGGCAAACACCAAUUUCGCCGUUCAUUAUGAAAUACAUCAAACAAAACUUGCCAAAAAUACAACCAUAAAAAUAUAGCAAAUGUAUGUAUGAGCAAACUAAUGCUAAAAAUGUCUAAUUUUCUUGGCUAGUCUUUCAAGGACCAGAUUCAUGAAUGUCAUUUGAAGGGAAAAAGUGAAAUACUUGGAAUUAUUUUGAGUGAUGUGCUCCUGAGCUUGUUCUUAAAAUCUACCAGUGGUAGCUUUUGGAAAGAAUGUGUUUCAUACCAAUGUGCAGGCCUCACCGGAAGAGCUUCAAGAGGAGUUUGUGCAACUCAAGGUCUAAUGGUUUUGACUAGAAACUUCCAGGCAAAUACUCUAGAGAAACUUGGGUGUAAAAUGACUAAACAGAUGAAAAGGCUUUAUCCACUAUUCCAUUUGCUCCUUACACCUUAAAAAGCUUUUUUAUUUUUUAAUGUUUUGAUAUAUCUAGCUUUGGGGAGAAAGCAGUGCAAGAGUGUUAUUAAAAGCAGCUUGUGUUUUCUUGCACCUUUUACACCACCCAGGAAAGAAAAGUUCAGGCUUAACAGUGACAUGGCUAUCACAUCAUCUGAAUAAAUUUUUUCCUUCUAAAAUUA